UAGUUGAAAAGCCUCUAUGACCACGAUGAGCUGGAGCUUUCUCACGCGUCUUCUGGAAGAGAUCCACAACCACUCCACCUUUGUGGGGAAAGUGUGGCUCACGGUGCUCAUCAUCUUCCGCAUCGUGCUGACUGCCGUGGGGGGCGAGUCCAUCUACUCGGACGAGCAGACCAAGUUUACCUGUAACACCAAGCAGCCCGGCUGUGACAACGUGUGCUACGAUGCCUUCGCCCCACUAUCGCAUGUCCGCUUCUGGGUCUUCCAGAUCAUCAUGAUCUCUACCCCCUCGGUCAUGUACUUGGGCUAUGCCAUCCACAAGAUAGCCCGCACCUCCGAGUUGGAGCGCCGGAAGUUCCACCGCCGGAAGAAGCACAUUCAUGCUCAAAGGUGGAGCGAAAGCCACCCACUUGGGGAGGUGCUGGAGGAGGAUGAGGACAACGCUGCAGAGCCCAUGACCUACCAGGAGGAGGUGGUGGAAGCCCAUGAAGUCAAGCCUGAGCCGGCCAAACCGCAGAAACAUGACGGCCGCCGGCGGAUCAUGCAAGAGGGCCUGAUGAGAAUCUACGUCCUGCAGCUACUGUCCCGGGCCGUGUUUGAGAUCGGCUUCCUGGCAGGCCAGUAUCUUCUCUAUGGAUUCCGUGUUAAUUCAUCAUAUGUGUGCAAUAAGGUGCCCUGUCCCCACAAUGUAGACUGCUUUAUAUCUCGGCCGACGGAGAAGACCAUCUUCCUGCUCAUCAUGUACAUCGUCAGCUGCCUCUGCCUGCUCCUCAACGUGUGUGAGAUGUUCCACUUGGGCAUUGGAACAUUCCAGGACACUCUCCGCAAGAGGAGGAACCAGGGGUGUCGACGGCCUUCGUACAGCUACCCGUACUCCCGUAACAUCCCCGCCUCUCCCCCCGAGUACAACUUGGUCAUGAAGUCAGACAAGCCCAACCGGAUAAUCCCCAACAGUCUAAUUAUGCACCAUGAGCAGAACAUGGCCAACGAUGCCCAGGAACAUAACCAAGAGUGCACCAGUCCAGAUGACAACAUCCCCUCGGACCUGGCCAGCCUGCACCGCCACCUACGGGUGGCCCAGGAGCAGCUCGAAAUGGCCUUCCAGACCUACAACACCAACAAGAACCAGCCCACCUCGAGGACAAGUAGUCCUGGAAGCACCAUGGCAGAGCACAACAGGGUCAACACAACCCAGGAGAAACAAGGAGCCAGGCCGAAAUCAGCCACUACAGAGAAAGCUGGGACCAUUGUAAAAAACGGAAAGAGUUCUGUAUGGAUUUAGGAAUUAUUAACUUCACGUGGCACAGUAAUCUUACUGAAAAGUCAUUUUCAAUCUCCAGGACCAUAUUCUGUGGAUACUGGAAGACGUGAGAUGAGAAAAGAUAUUUAAAAUCUUUGGAGCGUGAAUCGAUUGCACUGCCUGAAUAGAUUUAACUUUGUCACCAGCAGAAACCAGCAGUGUGAUUUGUCUGAUCAGGAGCACACAAAAUAGGCACUAUCUACAUGUGAUAUCAGAACAAUGGUCAACAAAAAAAGGAAAAACAAACAUGAAGAUAUCACUAAAUACAGUAGUAAUGUAUCCUAUCAUUAGGUUGUCUUUUUGUGCUUUAAAUACCAUAGCUUGAACAUAAUUAAUAUAUGCAUAUGUUGCUUAGUCAAACAUUUCUUAUUUUAGCUACUUAUAUAGGGAGAUACAAAAUGAACCAAUAUAUUGUGAAUUGUUUUUGCUGGGAUUAUUAAUUUACCCUUGCUAUUGAACUGGAUUAAUUUGACAGAAUAUAUAUAUAUAAUGUCUUUAAAACUAUAACAAUAUGCAAGUGUGUCUUUUUAAAAUUGUGGUCUAGUUAAAAGCAAUGCUGUGGUAAGCACUGUUUAAUGGCACCACGAUUGAAUCCUGAUGAUGUUUAAGAAAAGGACAGUGAACCAAAUGUGAAAAGUAAUCUAGAAAUUCCUAACUGUUCAGAUUUGCACUUGGAACUUUUUAACUCAUUUUGAGUUGUAUUAAGACGUUUUAAAAUAUAUGCAUGAAUCAUUUAUUUGAGGAAGAAAUGCUGGAUGUAGUAUGUAUGGGUUUUGUUGAAAGAAGAGAUGUGAAAUGUUAUAGGACAAAUGGUGUUUCAUCAGCAGGAGUUUGAGCUACACUGUUCUCUGUAGAGUAAGAUUUUGUUUCACUCCACUUUUCAAAGCUUUGUUGUGGAAGAUUACAUUUUUAUUUAGCAUUCUGCAGUGUCGGAAUAAAUUAGUUAAAGAAGAAGGGGGAAAAAAAGGUAAGUAGGUUGUUGUAUUAAAAAUUUGAAUGA